AUGGAGUUCUACCCGGAGUUUGUUUCUUUUCCGCGCUGCUUCGGGGCCGAGAAGAUCCCGCUGCUGGAAGAAGUUUUCGAAAAGUUCCCGGGGGCCCUCAUCAACGUGGACUUGAAGGGGCCCCCCUGUGCUGCUGCAGUGGGGGCCCUUGUGGGGCUGACAGCAAAGUACGGGCGGCAGCAGCAAACAGUGUUUGCGGGCUUCGACCAGGACAAGUUGCUGCAGAUCAAGCAGCAGCUUCCUGCUGCAGUUGUGGCUGUGGGGCCCCGCCGCACUUUGCUGCUGCUGCUGCUCUACUACACCGGGCUGCUGCCCUUCUGCAGCAUUUGGGAAGAUGUCUUCGAGCUGCCGGUGUCUUACUCUUAUUUGCUGCGGGACAGUCUGCGCGCAGCAGCAGCAGCGCGGCGGCGCUGCAGCAGCAGCAGCAGCCGCUGCAGCAGGUGGCUCGCGCGGCUGGGGUGUACAGACACCGCAGCAAAGGCCCGCGCCUGGCUCUCCUUCGCACUUCUUUGUAAUCCCAGUUUUAUUUCUUCUCUCAAAAGAAGAGGACUUUUAGUUUUGGGUUGGGUUGCAAAUUCCGAAAAAGAGUUCCAAGAUGCUUUUUACAGAAUAGGCUGCCACGGGGUCAUGACCGACAGACCCAGCUGCCUCCAGGCCUGGCUUGCUGCUGCUGCUGCUGCUGCUGCUGCAGCAGCAAAGGGCCGCCCGGCGGGGGCCCCGCCCGCCCCCAAGCGAGACUGA